AGGGAUUUAAGGGUCAAUAUAUCUACAGUUAUCAAAUUAUUAAAAAAGAAAUACAGUAUUUUCUAUACGUUAAAAGUCAUUAUCUCCACAAAAUAAAACCUUUCUCCUCCCUUCAUUAGCACUCUCUCCCCGCCGCAAACGCCGUAACGGGGAUGUUCCCACCAUAACGCCGUUGAAUCUGAGCCCGUUUGCGCACGUGCCAUAAUCAAAAACAGGAUCAAGUGAAAUAAUAUCCCGUUUCUAUGGCUCUGGAACCGUUGGGGCUGGGAGUGAACGUCGUUGACGGUGACGGUGACGUUAACGGCGGCGGUGGGGAGAAUAAUAAUAAUAACACAACCCCGUCUAACGAAGGCGGAGAUGACGGCGUCAAGACGGCGAGGCUGCCGCGCUGGACGAGACAGGAGAUUCUGGUGCUGAUCCAGGGGAAGAGAGUGGCGGAGAACAGGGUCCGGCGAGGGAGAGCGGCGGGCAUGGCGCUCGGGUCGGGUCAGAUGGAGCCCAAGUGGGCCUCGGUGUCAUCCUACUGCAGGCGUCACGGCGUGAACCGCGGGCCGGUCCAGUGCCGGAAGAGGUGGAGCAAUCUCGCCGGAGACUACAAGAAGAUCAAGGAGUGGGAGUCUCGGGUGAAGGAGGAGGCGGAGUCGUACUGGGUGAUGAGGAACGAUGUUCGUAGAGAGAGGAAGCUUCCUGGUUUCUUCGAUAGAGAGGUUUACGAUAUCGUCGACGGCGGCGUGGUUCCUCCGGCGAAUCCGGUUCUUUCGCUUGGUUUGGCUCCGGCGUCGAUGGAGGAGGAGGAGGCGGCGAGGAGUGUGGAGAAGUUGUGUUCGGCUUCGGCGCAUAAGUCACUUGAAGAUGUUAUAGACAAGGAGAAGCAAGCAGCUAGUGGAGCAGAACAAGGUGGAAUGAAAGAGAGACAUCCAGAGGAAGCAAAACCGGAAGCUGGAUCAACAUCUCAAGAAGAGAGAAAGCGUAAGCGAACAUCUAGUGGUGAAGAUAAAGAAGGAGAAGGAGAAGCGACAAAGAGCACGCAGAACCAAUUGAUAGAGAUACUGGAAAGAAACGGACAGUUAUUGGCGGCACAGCUUGAAGUUCAGAAUACAAACUUAAAGCUAGACAGAGAGCAGAAAGAUCAUGAUGCUAACUUAGUAGCUGUUCUCAACAAGCUCGCAGAUGCUGUGGCAAAAAUCGCAGAUAAGUUAUAGGUAUAGUAAUACUAAUACAUAUAUAAAUAUGUAAAUUUCGUCGAAUAUUGGUUCAACUUUACUUCUCAUUAUUCUUCUUCUCUCUUUUUUGUUUUUUUAUUUACCACCAUUAUUGAUUGAAUAUCUAUGCCACCACAAUAGCUCUA